GUAUGUCGAGAGGUAUAAGUCUCUUCGGGUUUCUCCCCCAAAGGAGUGCAUCGCAGUUCAAAGACACACCACAUUUGCCUUACUGACAGAGAGCUUGACUAUUGUUGAACACUUAAACCACGCAGACUCGACUACCUUUUUACCUUUGAUACUCGGCCUCAAGGACAUGUCGACAAUGCAGACCUCUGCAGAUCUCACUUCUGAUUUUUAUCAAAGCAAUCUGAUGACCCAGUAUUCCGAUUGGUCGUUUCUUCCCUCGACGUAUCCAGACAACGACUCCAACCGUGUUGUGGACUUCUUUCUAGAUUUGCUUCAAGACCAAAGUGCCCAAGCAGAACACAUUCGUCGAGCAUCAAGCAUUAUCGAAAGCGAUUCUUCCGACGUUAUUUCCUCGAGCCACCAAUUGUCGGACGCAUACAUCAUGCCGGAAGAAAUGCCCAGCCCUGCACCAAGCACAACUUAUACUCUGCACAGUUCACAUUCCGCUGAAAAUACCCCACUUCAAGGAGUGCUUGUCCCAGGCAUGCUAUCCGAAAAAGACCGGAGGCACCGUCGAAGGGAGCAGAACCGUAAAGCGCAACAUGCUUUCAGAGAGAAGCGAAAAGUUGAAGCCCGCAAAGUGGAAAAUGAACUUGCCGAGUUAAAGUCGCAACUCGCUAGACUCCGACACAACGCUGCGACUUCGGGAUGGACAAUCUGUGUGAAAUGUCGAAACUUCUACCCUCCCGGCGUAAAUGCGAGUAUGGAUGCAGAUGCUGAGCCUAGAACUCCACCCUACCUUGAGAGCCUUGUUCCUGGGUUCAUCAAUGAAAAGUGGUGACAAUCCCCGUUGGACGACGAAGACAUCAGCCAGCCUUUUUGCUCACCUGUGCGUCUGCAAAGCUGGAAAACAUACUGAUAAGACACGAUACUUGUCGUAACGCCGACUGUCAAAAGAAAGGCGACUGCUGCGCAAAAGUUCAAAGAUCUUCCCACCAUGAAUCUUCACGAGCCACGGACGACGCUGGCUCCAAGCCGAAUUCUCCGCGCCGUGUUCAGGAACUGGACAAAUUGCCGGAAUAGCGCUUCGAUUGAUACGAGUAUGAAGCAGACAGGGGAAGACCACUCGGCUCGAAGACCAUAUAGGAGCCGAGAGGAAUCGGAUUCGAUCAAUCAUGGUAAUAUUAGGGGCGAUGAAAGUGAACAGAAGUAAUUUUACACCAAUUUCUGUACGAAGGUUUCUCUAUCAAUGGUGAGAAACACAGAUCCGUAUGAAAAGAAAUGCAG